AUGCUAGUCUCUGCGAGACUCGAUUCUCUUUCGUUACGAAUUGCCGAAUCAGCACCACUUAAAACGCAUAAAUAUUUUCGAGUGGCCGUGCCGCAAGCGUUGACCGGACAAACUCUUGUUGCUUUUUUACAGGAGCUGAUGGCAUUCGACGAUCCAACAGAUGCGCUUCAUUUGGCCACCUUACUACUCCAACAUGGUUAUUUAUUUCCGGUUAUCGAGCAUUCAUUGGUAGUCAAAGACGACAACACUCUCUAUAGGCUUCAGCUGCCGUAUUUUUGGCCAUCGCAUGCAACUCAUACAGACAACGUGGAAUAUGCCAUAUACCUGAACAAACGUUUGAUGCGAAACGAACAAAGACAUGGUCUCGAAGAGGAUGAGGUGGAAGCCUACAAUAAACUACUUGAACUGCUCGGUCAUAUGUGGGGAUUUAUCACCGUUCAGGCCGAAAUGCAAUUGAAAAUACAGAAGGAAAAGAAGAAGAGUGAUAAAGUGGUCUAUGAUAGUGAAGAAAGAGCGUUCUGGAGGACACGAAGGCCUGGUCAGGCGAAUUGCCUUGAACAACAUGUACAAGGGCGAUGUUUAUGGCGUAUAGUACUCGGGGAACGGGAUAUAUUUUGGGAGAAAAUUGAAAAGAAACUGCGAAAAUGUACUGCCGCUGGAUAUAAGAAGGAAUUGGAACGAUUACGGUUUUCCUUGAAAACGAAGCCGUGGUUGAAGGCACUGAAAGCGAGUGAAACGGUCGAAGUGCCAACGGAACGUCGGGUAAAGCGAUGGGGUUUAUCGGUCCAGGAACUGGUUCGUGACCCUAUUGGACGACAGGUUCUCGAAACUUUCCUCGAAAGUGAAUUUUCUUCCGAAAAUAUUCGUUUUUGGAUGGCGAUUCAAGAACUGAAAUUUGCUGCCAAUGAAAACGUUGACGAAAAAGCGCAACGUAUCUACGAAGAAUUCCUUGCAACUGGCGCCCCUUGCCAGGUCAAUGUGGAUUCUCGAACAUUAGAGAAUACUUUGAAAUGUUUAAAUGAUGAGACAGUGGCAAGAAGGCAUGCAUUCUCACCAGCCGAAGAGCACGUGUUCACAUUGAUGAGUAAAGACUCAUACCCACGUUUCGUACGGUCCCAAAUUUAUAAAGGUGUCCUCUCAGCUGCACAACAACAGGGAUCAAGGCGACUAGGCUGGAGGAAUUUUGUAUUCAAUAUGGGCAAUCAAAAGAAGACACCAUUAACCGCGAAGCAUAAGAUGAGUCGUGAUGAUAACUCACAUAGUUCACUACCAAAACAACUCAGCUCCGAUUCUCUUCCAGUAAAGACACAAACCCAAAGGGUGCCUGAAGUAGGUGGUACUAGCACAACAAGUACAUAG